AUGGGUUUGGCUCAAGCUAUCGACGAUUUCAUAGCAGACGCAGGUGACGACCUGGCGUCUAUCCAAAACCUCUGCGAAGCACAUCGACAGAAACGAAACAUAGAUUCCCGUCAGAAGCUACUCCAACAUGAAUUCCAUGGAAUUCAAGCAGAUCAGGUGUUGGCGAACCUUAUCUCCGACCCAGAGUAUGUCGACAUCAGAAAUAAUCUCUGUGUCUGGGCUCGACCCACACAAGCACUCAUUGAGCUGGUCGACUUCAUCCAAGGUGAGCUGCAGAUGAUGGCUCCAGGACUUUGGAUCGCUCCAGCAUCCUGGCUGCACAUGACUGUCGUAGAAAUCGUGCAUUCUCAGCCAGACGAUGUUGUCAAACAGACAGUCAUUCAGUUGCUCCAAUGUCUUUCAGCACUAGUCAAUCUAGUCUUGGAGCAUCCUGUUGUCCUCGGUAGGCCGCAGUUGAAUUAUGACGACGCGACGGUUACCAUGACAUUCGUUCCUAUCGGAGAACGUGAAUACACAUACCUCCAUCUUAGGCGAGACAUAGCAAACAUGUGCACCGAGCACGGGGUCGAGGUUGGUUCCCGAUACUUCACCACCUCGAGUCAUAUCACGAUCGUUCGCUUUGUAGAUUCUGCAGGUCUUGAGACGAGAGCGUCCAGAAAGGCUUGGGUGGAAAAAAUUGAGGGUCUGAACUCGGAACUAAGAGAAAAGUACUGGCGACGCAAUCUUGGAGAAGGGCCAUCAAAGGCUGGACAAUGGAUGAUUGGGGCUGAGCGCGGACUGGAAGUUCGUAAAGGGCGGCUUUGGUAUGGCGGCGGCGAAACAGUACAGUAUGGGAAGGCUGUCAGUACUGAUGUACCUUAA